GGGAUUGGUUGGCUCUGGGAUCUCCUGCAAACGGGGCAUGUUUGAUAGUUGAGAAAAACAGAAGGUGGUAUGUCAGGCAGCCUAAACAGAAUUGUAGAGAAUCUGCAGAAAUGCAGACUAAUUCCAGAUGCAAUUUACUUUUCAGUAUAAGUGAGAAAAAUGGUAAAGCAAUUUGAACUGCGCAGAACUCUCAGAUGUAAGCCAGAGUCCAACAACCUGCGCAUAGCUUAGCAAAUUGUGUUACUCCAGCUCCUGUGAUUGAUUUAAUCUUUAAGGAAACAUAGCUUAGCCUCCUGAUGUGAACGCAGCCAUUAGUAAAAAAUCCAGCUGAUGGCAAACAAUAUGCUAUGAAGCACAAAAGUUCUCUCUCAGUCUUCAAAGGGUCCUUAUCCUCUUCUCAUGUAGAUGGCCAAGGCUGGCUUCAUCCAUCAUCCACAUCCAGGGGAACCUGAGGUGGCCAAGUGCUUCUUCUGCCUGAUAGAAUUAGAGGGCUGGGAGUCCAAUCAUGAUCCCUGGUUGCAAAACAGGCCGAAGUAUAAUAAACACCUUUGAAAAGGAAGCAGCUCUAACAAGGAAACGUCUUGUGGAUCAUUUCAUGAAUAAAUACCAGUACACAUCAGAAGCGGAGACUUCUGCCGUUUGCAACAAAAGAAAAUUGUGUGCCGGCCAACCAAAAGAAGAGAAUGGAUUGCAGCUGACAGCCUCUUGUGAUGACAAGCACGGACAGAGGUAAAGGCACGUAUCUACCGAAAUGUGAACAAAGGCUUGGCCUGUAAGACGGGCUAAUAUGACAUGAAUGGAAUCUUCCGAUAGCCAUUUAUAUUCCUGAUGCUUUUAUUGUGUUGUAAUGCUUGUUCUGCAUAAAGCCAGAAGGAAGACAGAAAGA